UGCAGUUUUUCUUGGACGAAGACGUCAUUGAAGUGCAGUCUUCCUCCUCCUCUUCCAUCAGAAAGAGCCAAGGAGGAGAAAGACUGCAAACACACUGGAGUUGUGCUGCUCACUCAUUUCCCAGCCGGCGUGCUUGAUGAGGUGACCUAUGCAGCGCGUGUAGUCGUCAAAAAACGGGGACACCCCCUGUUUGUUCCGUUGAGUUGAGCAUGAGCAUGGAGGAUUAUGACUACCUGUUUAAAAUCGUUCUGAUCGGGAACGCCGGAGUUGGGAAGACAUGCCUCGUACGCCGCUUCACUCAGGGCCUCUUCCCGCCCGGACAGGGGGCGACGAUCGGGGUUGAUUUCAUGAUUAAGACAGUGGAAAUCAAGGGGCAGAAGGUGAAGCUGCAGAUAUGGGACACGGCGGGUCAGGAAAGGUUCCGCUCCAUCACUCAGAGUUAUUACCGCAGUGCCAACGCCCUCAUUCUCACCUACGACAUUACCUGCGAGGACUCCUUCCGGUGCCUUCCCGAGUGGUUGCGGGAGAUCGAGCAGUAUGCUAACAACCAGGUGGUCACUGUUUUAGUUGGUAACAAGAUCGACCUGGUCGAGAAGCGGGAGGUGGCGCGUCAGCGGGCUGAAGACUUCGCCGAGUCCCAAGGCAUGCUGUAUCUGGAGACUUCCGCUAAGGAAUCGGACAACGUGGAGAAGCUCUUCCUGGACUUGGCCUGCGAGCUCAUCCGCGAGGCCAAACACAACAAGCUGGACAACAAUGACGCGGCGCCCGCGCCCGGCGAGGGCAAGACCAUCAGCUACCUGAGCUGCUGCAGCCUCAACUAGAGUGAGGCAGAGGGGGGCUUCCUCUCAUCGCACAGGGCUCCGUUUCCCCACCCGUCGCGCCCUAAGUCUCAGUAUUCACCAGCAGUGUUAUUAACGUUCCGCCGGCUAGUGUUUUAUCGCCGUUUACAUUAGAGAAUGUUUUUUCUUAAAACAGUUGCACACUUGUCUACUUGCCCUGAAGGAAACACCUUCAACAUUUAUUCCAUAAUUUAACUUGGACGAGGACGUUCGUUGUCCUCAUUAGUAUGAAAUGGAAUAAAUGCAAAAAUGGCUUUUCGUACGUCCUUGCUCCUCGAUAAACUGUGAAAUAUUUCGCCUCCUAUUUGCUGCUACAGUAUGGUUAUAGCCAAUGUGAAUCAGCAUUUUAUUCCGUAUUUUUUGUCGUAUUUGCGUUUGGAGGGUUUUAAAAGACUAAUAUUUCAUUUGACGCCAAGGCUUUUUGUCGAAAGAAGCGUAUUGAUACCAACCGAGAAAAAAAGGUCAACAUUAGGUCUUCCACAAAUCUUUUUUUUUUUUACAAUUACAACAGGAAUUACAGUACGAUUUUAUUGUUUUAGGUCUGACAGCUGUUUAUCUCAUGGGUGUGGUUUCUGAAACGGUUUUUUGUUUCUAUCACGUCAAGUUCUUUGAAAAAUUAUGAAAAAUACUGUACUUAUUGUUGCAGGGAUACCAAUAUUAGUAUUGGUACUGAACAGAACACCGGUGUUCUGGCCAAAUGCGCUACAUCGGUGAAACGUCCUACAAGAAGUGAAUUUGACACACAAAGUACUACUGUGCACUUUCAACUUGUUUUGUUUCGAUACAUACAGGCAGAACGUACUAAAAAAUGCCUUAAGAAAAUACUUAAAUGUAGUUAUGUCCAGUGUUGUUAAUACUGGCGUUAGAGUAUAACGGUGUUACUAACGGCGUUAUUUUUUUUCAGUAGUGAUAAUCGUAGCCAUUACUGUGGACGUAAAGUCGUGCGUUAUAAUGCGUUACUACGUUGGUUGAAUGAAGCGGGAAAAGUCUGUGAGGGACACAGACUCACGGAGACGAGAGAGCAAAGCGGGAGUGGGGAGGAGGGACGGGAGUUGUGAUGCCGUUGCAAAAGCGAUGCUAGCCUCCUACAAACUACGCCCACAUGAUGCUAAGGUAGAUAUACAGUGGACCAAAUAAGUAUUUAGUCAACCACCAAUUGUGCAAGUUCUCCCACUUGAAAAUAUUAGAGAGGCCUGUAAUUGUCAACAUGGGUAAACCUCAACCAUGAGAGACAGAAUGUGGGAAAAAAACAGAAAAUCACAUUGUUUGAUUUUUAAAUACUGUAAUUUCUGGACUAUAAGGUGCACCUGACUAUAAGCCGCCACCCACCAAAUUUGACAUGAAAACGGCAUUUGUUCAUAGAUAAGCCGCACUGGACUAUAAGCCGCAGUUGUCCUCAUUGUAUUAUGGGAUAUUUACACCAAAAGAUAUUAACUGGUACCACUUCAUUUGACAAUGGCAUCAUAAGACUGUCAUGAGACCAAAUGAACCACCAUUGAGCUUUGAACCAAUUGGGUGCAAAGCCUUAGUUUCUAAAAGCUUUAUUUGGCCAUCACUGCUCCCUUGGGGGAGACAAUCAACCUCUGCUGCCACCUGCUUUCAACACUGUUGUCACCCAACAUUCCUCCUAGCAUGCAUUGCGGCACUACAGAUGUAAAUAACAAUCAUGUUCUGUGCUAAUUAUUUCUUCAGUUAGUUAUGGUAUUUGGUAACAUUUUCUUGGAUAGUGGUGCCAUAAUACUGUCAUAUGACAGUCAUAAUUAUUACAUGACAAUGUCAUAAGCAUUAAUGAAUGCUUAUAAUCGAGGUCGGUUAGCGUCAUCCAGCAAAUUAUCUAACUUUUGAAUGGCCGUAAAAGAUCUGAGCUGGACAUAAAUGGAGUUAGUGAAAUAAUAUGCCACAUGACACAUAUUGACAUCUGUCAUAAGCAUUCAGUAAUGCCCAUGAUAGCGUCAUGUCAUAAUUAUGAUGUUCUUAUGACAGUCUUACCAUGCCGCUGUCAGAUAAAGUGUUACCUAUUAACCCAAAUAAAUCAACAAAUAAGCCGCACUGGACUACAAGCCGCAGGAUUCAAAAUGAGGGAAAAAAGUAGCGGCUUAUAGUCGGAAAAUAAUUAUUAUAAUAAUUAUUAGUAAUAGUAAUUUAUUUCCAAAUUAGACUGGAAAAAAAGUAUUUGGUCACCUACAAACAAGAUUUCUGGCUGUCAAAGAGGUCUAACUUCCUCUAACGAGGCUCCACUCGUUACCUGUAUUAAUGGCACCUGUUUAACUCAUUAUCGGUAUAAAAGACACCUGUCCACAAUCUCUGUCAGUCACACUCCAAACUCCACUAUGGCCAAGACCAAAGAGCUGUCGAAGGACACCACAGACAAAAUUGUAGACCUGCACCAGGCUGGGAAGACUGAAUCUGCAAUAGGUAAAACGCUUGGUGUAAAGAAAUCAACUGUGGGAGGAAUUAUUAGAAAAUAGAAGACAUAUAAGACCACUGAUCAUCUCCCUCGAGCUGGGGCUCCAUACAAGAUCUCAUCCCGUGGUGUCAAAAUGAUAACAAGAACGGUGAGCAAAAGUCCCAGAACCACACGGGGGGACCUAGUAAAUGUGUGUAAAAAGCUUGUGAAGAGUUACAGAAAACGUUUGGCCUCCGUUAUUGCCAACAAAGGGUACAUAACAAAGUAUUGAGAUGAACUUUUGGUAUUGACCAAAUACUUAUUUUCCACCGUGAUUUAAAACUUUUUCACAAAAAACCCCUCCAAAACAAGACAAAACAAAAAAACAGUAACAUUUGCUAUGUUUGAAAGUCUUAAUGUUGUGAAUCAACCGUUAAAUUUGUUAAAAUUGCUCCUGUUUUUGCAUUAGUUCCCUUCUGUCUACUUUCGACAUUGGAAAGUUUUAAAACUGUUUCAUCAUUUAAAGAUGGAUUCAAGUCAAGAUUUUGCCGAUUUAGGAGUAUUUUAGAUAAAAAGUUACUUAGGUUAGCUAGGAAGGUUCACUACAACAGAGCCUUUCUGAGAAGUCCGCUGCUUUAAAAUGGCGGAUGUUUACCAACGCGGCCGAGUCUGUCAUUUCGCAUGUAGUUCUAUAUGCAUGUGAUAUCUAGGCGUAGAUUGUAGGCUGUUGGCUACAGUCAGGAAAUAUUGGAACCACCUAGCCUAGCAUCGCGUUUGCUACAGCGUCACAACAAACACUCUUCUCUCUCCGAGUCUCUGACUUUUCUCGCCUCAUUCAACCAACGUAACGCAUAGUAACGCACAUUGUCUCGUUGCCAGAACGGUGACAAAAUCCUAACGGAGAAAAAAAAAACCGUAAUGAUUUUCGUACAGAUUUUGAACAUACGGCGUAAAAUCAGUGCAAACUUGUACAAAUUACGUCGAAAACGUACAACUUGACAGGUAUGUAUAGGGUUACUGAGAUGAGUGGUGGAUUUCAUACCCAAAACAAGCAGCUGUCAGACCUAAAACAAACACAAAAAAGCAAAUGUUGUCUGCUUUCAACGAGAACUACAGUAGUUGAAGAAUGUUUACUGUUCAAAUGCUCAAAGGAAAGGGUUUACAAAGUUUUUAGUAAAAAAAAAAAAAAAAAAGAAGUGUCAAAAUAGUUGUUUAUGAAUUGUGGCAGCCCAUGUUAAAUGUCACAAUCAGGGUCAAUUUAGGCUACAGCUGCAGCUAUCGAUUAUUGUAGUAGUCGAUAAAUCGAUGAACUAGUUCGUCUGAAUAAUCGAGGGAUCGUAUAACGAAAAAUUGAAGAAAAAAAAACCUAAGCUGAGCCUCAAACGGUAUUAAAAAUAAAUAAAUGAGGCUCGAAGUAUAAUAAACGAACAAUUGGCUAACUUACAUAGCAAAAGUCCGCUAGCUUAAAUGUAAUAAAAUGCUAACUUUUUUUCUUUACAAUGCUUUUAACAAAUGGUUCAAACACAUAUUCCCACAAAAAAUAUACCUAUAAACUAAAAUUACGAAUGCAUUAAAAAGCAUUGGCUCGAACAAAACUUAGCUUAUGUUGGUCUUAAUGGGAAGCAGCUGGAUUUAACCAUGUGAAAUGAGUUAUAUUCACUGUUUUUUGUUUUUGGGCAGUGUAUCCACCCAAAUCAAACUAAAUGCAAACACUUUCAAAACAAACCAUUCCAACGCCACUUUAAACAAAUACUCGAAGCAGAAAAAUUGAAUUUGAAUCUUUUUUUCUAAUCAAAUUACUCAUGUUAAUCGAUUCGGCUCCCGUGUCAAUCUAAAACAAAGGAUACAAGUCAAAGUAAGUUAAAUUGGAGGGGUUCCAUUUUCAGAUGUUUUUUUUUUUUUUUUUUUAAAUACCCAAAAAUGUGAUGUUAGACCACAAAUGUCCGCGUGAAAUGAAACUUUUUUUCCGACAUGGCAGCAAUACGCAAGCGCGAUUUUGCCUUUUGCCUCUGUAGCGGCGUACUGUAACAUGGCCUCCUGCCCUGUAGUUUGUGUCCAGUUGUUUCCUUUGCUUGCCAGCAUGUUUUUAUUUUUUUUGCCAUAACUGCCAUCUAGUGUAUUGAUCCCAACUGUAACGUACUGUACUGCACACAUACGCCGUCUAACUGCACAGCACACAUGAUUUUUUUUUUUUUUUUUACUGUAAACAUUUUUUGUUGUACAAACGUAGCACUUUGCUUUUAUACUUUAUAUUUGAAUUUCAUUUUGCCGUUACUUAUUGUUAAUCCAUUGGAUGUGUGGUUCAUGCUGUAGGAUAACACUCUGGGGAGGUUUCUGUGUAUAAAAUAUACUCUCAAGUGCUCUGUAUGAUAUUAAAUAAUCUGACUAAA